AUCACGAUUGAUAAUCGAGCAACGCCGCGAUUCGGGUCAAUCCAUCCAAGACUUGAGACACCAGACUACUCGAUUAUAAUCGUCUGAUGUACCUGAGAAUUUUUAUCCGGUCGUCGUGAUGACGACGGAGCUUUUUACACUUACCGUGCCCGUUGCCGUUUGAUCGUCUAGACUUCGCUGUCGGCCAGCGAAACUUCGGCGUGUUGUUUGUGUAUUUUUCUCGACUAAUCCCUGCGUCUAAGAUGUGACGCGGUGCAGACACCUGUUGCUAAUUUUCUAUUGAAAAUCUCGGUUGUUAAGACUUUUCAUGUCGUCGUCCCGUGAUAAUAUGGCUACGAUGGACAACAUACUCGUUGAUGAACGUGAAGAUGUUCAAAAGAAAACAUUUACUAAGUGGAUAAAUUCACAACUGUCAAAAGAAAAUCAUGAAGUCAUAUCUGACUUAUUUUUGGAUUUACAAAAUGGCACUAAAUUACUUUAUUUGCUAGAAAUUUUAACUGGCAUUCAAAUUAAACCAGAAAAAGGAUGUAUGAGAGUUCACCAUCUGAAUAAUGUAAAUAAAGCUUUACAAAUAUUGGAACAAAACAAUGUAAAAUUGGUGAAUAUAAGUAGUAAUGAUAUAGUUGAUGGUAGUCCGAAACUAAUUUUAGGAUUAGUUUGGAGUAUUAUAUUGCAUUGGCAGGUUGAUUGUCAUUUGAAGGAAUUAAUGUCUGAAUCACAACAAACAAACUUAGAAAAGACACUGUUAGCAUGGUGUCGAAAAAAUACAGAAGGAUAUGGUGUUGACAUUAAAAAUUUUACUACAAGUUGGUCAGAUGGAUUAGCAUUUAGUGCAUUAAUACACAAGUUCAGAUCUGAUCUUUUGGAUUAUGAUUUUGUGUUAAAACAGCAUCCGAAUGCUAGGCUUGAAAAUAUAUUUUCUGUUGCUCAUCAGAAUCUAAAUAUUGAACGUUUAUUAGAUCCUGAAGAUGUUAAUACAUCUAUACCAGACAAAAAAUCUGUUAUGAUGUACGUUAUGUGCUUGUUUCAACGAUUAUCUCAAUACUCUGAUGAAAUGGGAGCUUCAAAGACUGAUAUACAAUAUGAAGAUAAAUUCAAAAAGUCUGAUGAAAGGCCAUUGAGUAUGUUAACAAAUAUAUCAGUUGAACUUGGUGGUUACCAAACUGCAUUGGAAGAAGUUUUAACAUGGUUACUAGAAGCUGAAGAUCGUUUACACCAAUCAGAAAAAACAUCUGAAGAUCUGGAGGGUGUUAGGGAAAUAUUUCACACGCAUGAAAAUUUUCUUAUUGAAUUGUCACAUCAUCAAGAAGGAGUUGGAUCUAUAUUAGAAGAGGGAGCUAGAAUGUUAGCUGAUGGUGGUUUAACUGAGGAGGAAGAACAAGAAGUUCGUAUUCAAAUGAAAUUGUUAAAUUCACGGUGGGAAAAAUUAAGAAUUACUGCUAUGGAAAGGCAAACUAAAAUACACGAAUCUUUAAUGGGAAUUCAGCAAAAACAAUUAGAUGAGUUACGUUUGUGGCUAACACAAACUGAAGAUCGUAUAUCACAUUUGUCACAAUCUGCUAAAAUGGAUGUUGACUGUUUACGUUCACAGCUUGAAGAACAUUCUGCACUUAGAGCUGAUUUAAGGAAACAGCAGUUAUCAGUUGAUUCAUUAUCUAAUCUUGUAGUAGUUAUAGAUGAAAAUACAUUCCCUGAUUCUGUACACGUACAGAUGGAAGAUGAAUUAUCUGCAUUGGGUGAGCGUUGGGCUCAUAUUUGUAAGUGGGCUGAAGAAUAUGGUGUUAAGUUACAGACAUUAUUAAUGAAAUGUAGUCGUAUUACGGAACAACUAUCGUGGUUACAAUCAUGGUUUGAUUCAAAAGAAAUAAAUCUUAAACACAUGGAAUCUAAACAUGUUACAGAAGUGGCAGAAAUUUUGGAUAGAAUCAAACAGUUACAAACUUUACGUCACCAAAUGUCAAGUCAACAAAAAAAUAUUAUUCAUCUUCAAACUAAAAUUCAGAAUUUGGAAGAAGAAUUUUUGUAUACUGAGAAUUGUCCUUAUUCAGAAAAAAUAGAAACUCUACAAGACCGUUGUGAUGCUUUAGUACAAAUUAUUGAAAUACAAGCUCAAAGAAUACAAGAUGCUGGUUUUGAAUUUGAUUUAAUUAGCAAUUCAAAUUUAGAAAAACAAGAUGAAAAAAUUUUGGAAGACAGUUCAUUUGAUGGUAGUUUAAAUUUGUCAGAUAUUGAGGAACUUGGCUGGAAGCGUAGAAGAAAAGGCGGAUCAUUUCAAGAAGAUGAAUAUGAUAAUGCUACAUCAAACUUGAGUAAUUGGUUAAAGAGGACUAAAAAAUUGCUUGAUGAACCUUUAGAAGUAGAAGAGCAAGCAGCUUUAUAUAAAGAUAUUAUGUCUGAAAUUGACAGUCAAAAAUCUCAGUUAGAUUUUGCUAGUAAAUUUAUUACAAACAAUGAAAGUACUGAUACUCCAUUUCCCAAACUAGAUCAUUAUAAUACAUUAUGUACAGAAUUUAGUGAUUUGGAAAUUACUUUAGCUACAUUCAAAAAUAAAAUAAAAUAUAACCUUGAAAAAAAACAGACAUCAAAAGAAAUGAAUAAUUUAAAAUUAAUACUUGAUGGAUAUGCAAAAUGGCUAAAUAGUGGAAAUUGUACAUUUGAACAAAUAAAGGUAAAAUUAAAAUCAUUAAAAUCUCUGGAAGAUCGUAUUACUAAACUACAAACACAUAGUAAACUAUUAGAUCCCAAUGAUUCUAUAAGAAAUGAUGUUGAAAAAUGUAUAUCUAGUUGGAGCACUUUGAAUGAAAAAUUUUCUGCUUAUGAAAUACAAGCAAAAUUAUCACAAGAAACCAAUUCUAACACAAAGUUUAAAGAAUCUAAAGAAGAGCUUAUGGGCUGGAUUAAUAAAUUAGAAGGAGUAUUAUUAGGUGAACCAAUUCUUAUGAAUUAUUCAAAAGUUUUGACAAAUCAAUUAGAAAAAUUAAAGGAAAUGCAGAAGUCUGUAAAUGAUCGCCGUGAUACUUUAGAAAUGGUAAAUACACUUGGACAAGACAUUAUAGAAAAGCUAAAUAAUGAUAUAGCUACAGAAAGGUUAACUGAAGAUCUUCAAGAUUUAAAUACACGAUGGAGUGAUAUUCCAGUGUUAUUAGAUGAACGAAUUUUAAAGUUACAAAAAGAUUUGAUUUUAGUCUUAGAAUUAGAAUCCAAUUUUAGAACAUUAGAAGAUUUAAUGGAACAAAGUGAAGAUCUGUUCAAUUAUUAUAAUUCUCAAAAUGAUCAACCAGAUUUGAAAAUGAUAAAUGAUGUCUGUGAUUCUGUUUCUCAGUUAUAUGAGAAACUGCAUGGUGAUAUUAUAAAUAUACUUGAGUCAUCAGUAGAUCCAAAGUUUAAGCUUGACAUAAAUCAGAAAUUAGAAUCUAUUAAAGAAAAAUUAAAUACAAUUGUGAAAUUUAAAGAAGAUAUUGCUAUUGAAGGAUUAAAAACUAUAGAAAAAGAUUUUACUGAAGUAAAAAAAUGUGUAUCUGAAGUGGAAAAAUGUCAUUCAUAUCGAGAGAAUGAUCCAGUAGGUUCAGCUGGUGAACUUAUAAAAUUAAAAAAUAAAUAUCACACUUUGCAUGACAAACUUUUGGAAAAAAAACCAAAAUUAGAAAAACUUGAAAUCAGUCAAGAUGAUGACGUUAAAAUGUUAAUUUUAAAGUGGAAUAAAGUUUAUGAUGGUGUGCAAUUAAUAAAAAAUCGUUUACAGCAAGAUGUACAACUUCACUCUGAGUUUAAAGUUUUAAUGUCUCAAGAAAAUGUGUGGCUUGAUAAACUAGAUAAAUGUCUAAAAAAAAGUAUAAAAACUAUAGCAACUGACGCAGAAGAAAUAUCUGAAGAGCUUGAUGACUUAGAAAAUUGCCUUAGAAACCAUCCAGAAUCUAGGGUUGAUCGAUUAAAUGAAAUCGGUGCGAUUUUGUCAGAUCACAAUGUUAUGGCAUCUAGUAUAAAAGUAGAUUUAGCUAAAGUUACAUCACGUUGCAAAAAGCUUACAACUCAAGCAGAAGAAAAAGUUCAACGUUUAGAAGAAAGCAUUGAACAAACACAAAAAUCUGAAAAUUGCAUUGCCGAGUUUCAACAAUGGCUUGAAACUACUGAUCAACAACUUACAUCUCGUAUUCAAAAUGAUUUCUCACCACAAGAUUUACCUAAUGAUGUUGAAAGAUUAUCAAAUGAAUUUCAAAAUCAAGCUAAGCUUUUGCAUGAUAUGGAAGAACAAAUUUGCAACUAUGAAAUAGCAAAUAAAAAAGAAGUUGCGAAUCGUUUAAAAGAUCAACUAUCUUUAUUAAAAAAACGCUUCUAUCAGUUAGAAGAGAAAUUUGAAAGAUAUCAAUCUCCUGGAGAUUUACCAACCCGUGUUACUAGAGUGUUGAGAGAAUUACAAUCCAUUGAAAAUACUAUUUGUCUUUUAGAGCUGGCAUCUGACGAUCCUGAUAGUAUUAAAGGACAAUUAGAACAAUGCUUGAAAAUGAGUUCUACAUUAGAAAGUUUAAAAAGUGAAGUAGAAUUUGUGUUAAAUUCAAAUGAAAAUUGUGAAAACCAACUUCAGCUAGAAACUAUAAAACAACUGUACUCCAAAUUGGUAAAAGAUAUUAAUGACACUAAGUAUAAGCUUGAAAAAGGUUUAAAUGCUUUGGAUUUCCUUGACACUAAUAUUAAUCUUAUGUCUAACUGGUUGGCUAAAGUGGAAGAAAAAUUAGAUGAAUUUGAAAACACCCAAUUACCUGAGAAAAAUAUGGAAUCCAAAAUUAAAUUUACCAAACAUAUGUUAGACAAAGAAAUUGACAAAUGGGAAAAAGUUAAAAAUUUAAUUUUUACUCAUUAUACUGAAUUUAAAUCCCUCAAAGAUCCUUUAUGUGAGGAUGAUUCAUAUUGUGAACGAUGUGAUGUAAUUUCUAAUAGAUGGACAUUAGUUCUAAAAAGACUUCAUGAUAAUUCAACACAAAUGAAGAAUAUAUCUACAAUAAUGAUAAAUGAAAAAUUAGGACAAUUUGAUAAAUCCACAACAUGUAAAGAAACAUCUGUUCCUGAAAUAACAAUUACUGAAGAAAAAAAUAAAAAUAACCAUAAAGAAUUAUUGGAAGAUAGUGAAGAUGAUACAUUCCAAUUGACUAAAAACAGUAUGUUAUUUUCACAAGUAUCGCAAGUAGAUCCUAUCAUUUUUCAAUCUUUUGUGAAACCUAAAUGUGAAAUUAAUACACAAGAGUGUGUCAUGGUUGAGAUUAAAGAACAUGAAAUACUGAAAUCUAGUGUUAUUAGUCAUGGUGAAGUAACUGCAGUUCACCGUGUAGUUCCUGAGGGUUAUGCAGAAAUGGUAGAGUUAUCUGAGGAUACAGAAACAGAUGCAGAUGAAACAGAUGAGGAAAAAUGGCCUCAAAUUGUAUAUAGAAGAAAAAAUACUGAAAAAAAAUCAUGUUUGAGCCCGUGUGAAAUUUUAGUCAAGCGACAAAAACUGGCAUCAAAUGAUUCAUUAAAGUCUAGUUUAGAAAGCUUACAUAGUAAGGAGUAUAUGGAGUCCUUAGAAGAAGAAGAAAAAAAUCUUACUGAUCCUGUUUGUGUUAAAGUGAACAAAACGCAUCAUACUACUAUAACUGCAUGGCAAACUCCUAAAUCUAAUAAAGAACAUAAAGAAGUUAUAAUACGUAAAGAAAUAGAAUCAUUAAAUACAUAUAAAAUUAUUGGAGCUGUUCCUGAAGACAAUGAUAGUUUUUAUGGUAGUGAUAAAGAAACUGAUGAUUUAGUAUUAUUUUCAGAAGAUGAAGGACUCAAUGAUAAUGAUAAGUAUUCAGACUCUAGUUCAUCUGAUGAAGAACAAUUAACAAAAGGUAUUUCAUUUGUGAAGGAAAGAAUUGAAAAUGUAACUACUCCAAAAUUAUUAAAUACAUCAAUAGUUAACAACAUAGAUGUUGAUAUUGAAAAAUAUGAAAAUGAAGCAAAACAAAUGCUAGCUAGAAUGGAACUUACAUUAAAAGAUCUUCGACAAUUAAAUACGGAAUCAGAUCCAAAUAAACGUUUUGAGUCUAUUGAACAAGAAGUUAGUAAUAUAGCACCAGAUGCAGCUACUUUAAUAAGCAAAGGUGAUAGUCUUAUACUAGCAAGCUAUACAGGUGAUCCCUCCAGAGCAAACACUUUGUAUACUUUAAUUCAAGACAGACUUAGAGUAAUGUGGACUCAUAUUAUGUCAGAAAUAGAGAUUGUUAAACUUCAGACACAAAUGUUAAAGAAACAAGUGGAAUCAUUCAAUAAAAUAACUCUAGAUAUUGAAAACUGGAUUAACCAUAAGCAUAAUAACUCAGAGGUAUUUGAACGGGAAAUUAAUAACAAAUAUGCUAAUUUAUUAGAAAUGAAUGAGAUAAUAGACGAUACUGAAGCGUUGUGUUGUGAUAAAGAUGCUAUUAAUAAAAUGAAAUUGAAAAUUAUUGAACUUGAAAAUAAGCUGAAUAAAUUAAGCCCUUUGUCUCAACAAGAAAAUGUCAAUGUACCUGUAGAAGUGUUAUCUCAAAUAGAAGAGACAAGAAAAAAUUUGAGUUCUUUAUUAAAACAGUUAAACUUAAUACCAUUGUCAAAUAAUUCAGUUGCUCUUCAAAGUUCUAAGAUUAAAGAUAUUCAAAGUAAAACUGAGGUUUUGAAAAAAUCUAUUGAAAAUUUGAGUUCAAAAAAUACUAAUGAUGAAAUAUUUGUGCAACGAAACAUUGAAAAAAUGCAGGAGACUUGGGAAUUGCUUAAUAAGUGUGUGAUUGAACGGACUGGACAACUAUCUAGUAUAGAUACAGAAAUUACCAAUUUACAACAAAGUGGUAAAGAACUAUCUGAAUGGUUGGCAGAAAUUGAAAGUGAUAUGGAAGAAAAUAACUUAACAUUGACAUUACAAGAGAAAAAAAAUAAACAGCAUAAUUUAGAAAAGCGAGUGUCAUCUAGACAUAGAACAGUUAUUAGUUUUCUAAAUUGUUCACGGACAUUAUGGUCACACUCAGACAGUUUCCAAUCAGAAGUUGAGAGUUUAAGAUUAAGAUGGCAAGCAGUUUUAAAUAAGCUGACAACGCAACGAGAAAAAGUGAAUGAGAUGGAAAAAUCUAAAUCUGAUUUUUCAAGUGCUGUAUCUGCUACAAAAAUUACUAUUGAUCAAACUUUAAAUGUGCUUCAAGCUACGCAAGUCAAUCCUUCUGAAGUUGAUUCACUAAAUUCAAAAAGUCGUUUAUUAAAGUCUAAAGAAUUAGAGUUGCUAACUCGAAGAAAAGAAUUAGAUUCUAUUAAUUUAAAAAAAUUGAAACAAUCAAAUGAUCUCGAAUCAAUUAAAUCACUUCUUGAUAAGGUUAUAUCCGAUUUGUCUGAUAAUUUAGAAUGUUUAAAUGGAAAAUUAAAUGCUUUAAACAAAUUUACAAGUCAACUAAAAGAAUUAAAUAGUUGGGUUAUAAUAAAAAGAUCAGAAGCAGAAGAAUUUCAUAUAAAACCUAUUUCAGAGAGAAAAUUAGCUAUUGAAAAAUUACAAUUAAACUUGUCAGAACGAAAUGCAGAAGUAAAAGAUAUAUUAGAAAAUUUUACAAAUAUUGAAAAACAAUGUGAAGAAAUUGGUCAACCAGUAUCUGUAGAUUUACAAGAUAUAGUUAAGAAUCUUAGAGACAAUUGGAAUUAUUUAAGAUGUAUAAAUGAAAGUAUUUUGAAAAAACCAUCAGUUACAUCUAUUGAAGUAAAAAAAGCAGAAGAAAAUUGGAAGAGUCUAACAAAAAAUGCCUCCGAAACACAUCCCCGUUCAAGUUUACGAUCCCUAUCUCCUGCCAAUUCAUCAGAUGCACUUCUCAAUUUAUUAGCUAGUUUUGAUAAAUCAAUUCUUCAGAUUUGUGAUUGGUUGGCUUUAGAAGAAAAGAUGCUGCGUCAACAAUCAGUUACUGUUGGGGAUGUCGACGAUAUACUUCAGCUCAUCGAUAAACAAAAGAACGUAUUACAGGAGUUGGAACAAAAAAAGCCUCAACUUGAUGAACUAGUUCAUACUGCUGAAAACCUUAAAGCUGAUUCAAAUCGACAACAAUUACAUGGAAAAGUUACUAAAUUGCGUGAACAUUGGGAUGAAACAAAUAAUAAAGUAAUGCAACGUAAAACUGAAUUAAAUGCAAUGUUGAGUGAUAGUCAACGUUAUGAAACAAAAAAAAUGGAAAUAGAUACUUGGUUGACUAGAAUGGAGAAUAGACUACAGCGAAUGAGUUCAGUCGGUAACACAGCCGAUGUAUUAGAUGCACAACAGAGAGAACAAAAAUCAUUCCAUGUUGAGUUACAUCAAUACAAACACCAGAUUGACUUAUUUAAUCAACUUACACAAAAAUUAAUUGCAGUUUAUCAAAAUGAUGAUACUUCUAAAAUUAAAAAAUUAACUGAACAAAUAAAUCAAAGAUUUCAAAACCUUAAUACAAACAUUAUAAGCCGAGGAAAAGUAUUACAUUCAGCGAUGAAUUCCUUGCAAAAUUUAGACAAAUCUUUUGACAACUUUUUAGGAUGGUUGUCUGAAGCAGAAUCAUCUAUGGAAACAAUUGAAGCUGAAUUCGAUAGAUGUAAUACACUCAAACGAGAAAACACUACAGCAAUGAACCAAUUAAAGGAAUUACAGCAAGAAAUGGAAACGAAAAGUCAAUCAUUAAACUCACUUGAUACUAGUGGAAGAAAACUUUUAGGAAGUCUGUCAUCACAGGAAGAUGCCGUAAUGCUUCAAAGACGGUUAGAAGAAAUGAAUCAGCGUUGGAACCAAUUGAAAAAUCGUUCUGUGACUAUUAGAAAUCGACUAGAAAAUAAUACAGAACAUUGGAAUACACUUUUAUUAUCCCUAAGAGAACUAGUCGAAUGGGUAAUUAAAAAGGACACAGAAAUUUCAAGUUUUGGUCCUUUAGGUAACGAUUUGGCCACGUUACAAAAGCAACAAGAUGAUCAUAGAGGGUUCCGUAGACAAUUGGAAGAGAAGAGACCAGUUAUUGAUUCUAACUUACGCAGUGGUCGUCAAUACAUAAAUAAUGAAUCACAAAUUAAGUCUGUCGUGAAAAAUGAAGAAAUUAAUAACACUGGAGAUUCUAGAGGUUAUCGUAGUGCUGAAGAACAAGCUCGCGAUUUAACAAUAAGUUUGAAACGUGAAGUUUCGCGUGUAUCUGAACAAUGGAACUCUUUAUUACAACGUUCUGAUCAAUGGCAGCAAAGCCUAAAUGAUUCCAUCAAGAAAAUGCAAGUGUUCCAAAAAAGUUUAGAAGAUUGUACAUCAAAAUUAGCCAGUGUUGAAGCCAUGUAUAAAUCAUGGCCAGCAUCAAACUCUGGUGACUCCACUAAAGGUCUUCAAGAGCUAAGGCAAUUUGAAGACAGAUUAAAUCCUGUACAGCAUUUAUUGAAGGAAAUUAAUGAUCAAGCUAGUGUACUUACUUCAAACAAUAUAGCAAUAAGUGUUUCCAAUAAAAAUAUGUUGCAGGACAUAAAUAAUAGAUGGAAAAUUUUGAAUGAUAGGUUUAAACAAAUUCGUGAUACUGGGAAAAAUGCAAUUAGCAAUAGUAAUGUAACUUCACCUGCUAGCCAUAGUGAGGCAUCCACUUCUUUAUUGUUGAGUGGAUCAGUAGAACCUCCAUGGAAACGUGAAAUAACGCCAAAUAAAGUUCCUUAUUAUAUUAAUCUUCAAUGUGAAUCUACAAAUUGGGACCAUCCAAAAAUGAUGGAACUAAUGUCUUCUCUAUCAGAAUUUAAUGAUGUAAGAUUCUCUGCUUACCGAACUGCUAUGAAAUUACGAACAGUACAAAAACGCAUGUCUCUUGAUUUGUUGACAUUGGAAGCUGCUUUGGAAUCGUUUGAUAACCAUGGACUGCGUGCUCAAAAUGAUAAAUUAAUAACAGUAUCGGAAAUGUUAACCAUUCUAGGAUCUAUUUUUGACACAUUAGCAUCCCAACAUCCUUCUUUAGUACAUGUUCCACUUUGCCUUGAUUUAUCUUUGAACUGGUUAUUAAAUGUUUAUGACAGCCAACGCACAGGGCAAAUUCGUGUAUUGUCAUUUAAAGUUGGUCUUGUAUUAUUAUGUAAAGGACAUUUAGAAGAAAAAUACCGUUAUUUAUUCAGAUUAAUAGCCGAUCCAAAUAAACAGGUAGAUCAACGCAAAUUAGGUCUUUUAUUGCAUGAUUGCAUUCAAUUACCACGCCAAUUAGGUGAGGUAGCAUCAUUCGGUGGUUCUAAUAUUGAACCAUCUGUUCGAAGUUGUUUCCAAAAAGCUGGCAAAGACAAAUCUGUUAUUGAAGCUAUGCACUUCUUAGUUUGGCUACAACAAGAACCACAAAGUAUGGUAUGGUUAACCGUGCUACACAGGCUAGCUGAAGCUGAAUCAGCAAAACAUCAAGCAAAAUGCAACAUUUGCAAAACGUAUCCUAUAAUUGGUUUCAGAUAUCGGUGCUUAAAAUGUUUCAAUUUUGAUAUGUGUCAAUCGUGCUUCUUUUCUGGUCGUAAAGCUAAACACCAUAAACUUACUCAUCCAAUGCAAGAAUAUUGUACUACAACAACAUCUGGUGAAGAUGUUCGGGAUUUUACACGUGCCCUUCGUAAUAAAUUCAAAUCAAAGCGUUAUUUCAAAAAACAUCCACGUGUUGGAUAUUUACCUGUUCAAUCAGUAUUAGAAGGUGAUGCAUUAGAGAGUCCUUCUCCAUCACCACAACAUUCUAAUACUCCUUCUACUAUACCUGAUGUUCACAACCGUUUAGAGAUGUAUGCUUCACGUCUAGCUGAAGUUGAAUAUAGAGCACGUAGCAAUUCUACUCCAGAUUCUGAAGAUGAACAUAAUUUAAUUGCCCAGUAUUGUCAGUCUUUAAAUGGUGGAUCCGAAACAUUGCCAUCUGUACCCAGGAGUCCAGUUCAAAUAAUGGUAGCAAUUGAUGCAGAUCAACGACAUGAGUUAGAAGCUAUGAUAAAAGAAUUAGAAGAUGAAAACACGCACUUGCAAGAAGAAUAUGAAAAGCUAAAAACCGGAACUGGAAGUAAAGGGUCUUACAAUAUUAUGCCCAAUAAUAAUGGCGAGGUUGAUAUGGUAUCCGAGGCAAGAAUGUUACGUCAGCAUAAAGGCCGCUUAGAAGCACGUAUGCAAAUAUUGGAAGAUCAUAACAGACAAUUAGAAGCACAAUUGCAAAGACUUAGACAACUAUUAGAAGAACCAGCAACAUUCCAAACAAGAUCAGUGACGGCUUCUCAGUUAGCUUGUGAUUCUCCUUUACAAAAUUCUUCUGACAAAUCAGGAAAUUGGUCAGAAAACAAUAGCCGUAAUACUUUAGAGAGACCGCCUCCUCCGCCAAUUUCAGCAUCUCAUCAUGCCGUUGGUAAUUUACAUCAUAUGGCAGGUGAUCUAGGUAAAGUUGUUACUGAACUUGUAACCGUCAUGACAACAGAUGAACAUGAAAAUUAAAGAGUAUAUUAUGACAUUGUAGUACAAUACGAUAGUAUUAUUAUUAUUAUUAUUAUUAUUUGUUAAAUAUGUAUGUUAUAAUUGUAAUAUGUACUUACAUAUC